GCGGGCCUUCGACGAUCAGCAUCACGGAGAACAAAAACAGAGACGUACACACGAGUUGAACGGAGGCUUGCCUAGAGGUUCAUGGCACCUUGAGGCAGCCCGGUCGGACUUACAGACGAUGUUGAUCAUAGUCGGGUCAUCAACUUCGCCUCUUAAGAACUUGAUCGGCGCUGGGGAUUAGUACAGCCUUAUCAGUCAGUAUCACGAUUAUCACUAGUCGCUGAUGAGUAGCACAGCAUGUCGAUGGCAUAACGCCGGUCUUCCAAGAUGCGGUCAUUCCAAAAAGAUAUCUUGCAGAUUGGUUGGCCAGCGCAGAGGACGAGUCGUGAUGCACCGAAAAUAUACACCAGAUGGUCGUGUUGCACCGCACUUGGAGACACUCUUCUUAGCGGCCGUCUGUUGUGCAGAACGUAAUUUGUCGACGGGGACAAUCCCGUGAGAACGUCGUGUAGCCGAGCGCACCACCAUGCGGGAUAUGGACACGGAGCUACGCGGGAAGAUCUGGAAAACAAAGCAUGCGUUGGAGAUGCCCGUCCACGCUGAGCCUUCACGUCGGCGGCCAUCGGCUACUCCACCGCGAACAAUGCAACGCGGAGACACAGCCGCGAAGUCGCCACUUGCCGUCCGGAAAGAAGCUAGCAUUUCAUCAACCAGGGCUGCCGGCGGAAGGGCGUCACCGAGACAAGGGCUCGUCAAUGUGUAUGUGGAACACUGCAGCGUUGAGAACACGGUUUGGCUGGCUAUGACCGGAGCGACCGAAAUCAAGAGUGUCAGCAGGCCAGGUGGGACAUACAAUGUGGAACGCCAGGAUGGAGACCGUUUGCAGAGAUGGGGUUAUGGGUGGGCUCAGCUGAGCGAUCCAGCACUUACCGGCAAUCUGGAUGAGGACCCUGAGAAAAGCGAGCCAAUAAAGGCUGUCCUUGUUUGAUAGAUAGCGUUCAUGGGGUGCAUCUACGCGUAUGGGAGCUCGCCCUCGUCGCUCAGUAAAAAAAAGCCAAGAUUUGAUAGCAGGCUCAACCUCACCUCGGUGUCGUCAUCUCAGCGAAGAGAAUGAUGCUAAAAAUGCUACUAGCAUCACCAAUAUCCCGAGUCAGCGCGAUGAUGAUACGCCAGAACAACGCUGA